UAAAUUCAUUCUAAAAAAAGGGUUCUUUUUUUUUUUCUUAAUGAUGUAGACCUUUUGAUCCGAGGGAUCUUACUAUUGGAUAGUAGAAAGAACCAGAGUUCCUUCUCCAGUCUACAGAGAAGAAACCUGUGAAGAUGUUCAAAAACACCUUUCAAUCUGGGUUUCUCUCCAUCUUAUACAGCCUCGGGAGCAAACCUCUGCAAAUCUGGGACAAAGAAGUUGUAAAUGGACAUGUAAAACGACCUCAUGAUGAAGACAUACAAUCGAAUGUAUUGGAAAUAAUUGGUUCAAAUAGUCAAUCAACCUACAUCACUUGCCCGUCUGACCCUGCUGCAACGCUUGGUAUUAAGCUUCCAUUCUUGGUCAUGAUUGUUAAGAACUUGAAGAAAUAUUUCACUUUUGAGAUUCAAAUUCUCGAUGAUAAGAAUGUCCGACGCCGUUUUCGUGCUUCUAACUUUCAAGCUGUCACUCGAGUAAAGCCAUAUAUAUGCACUAUGCCACUGAGAUUGGAUGAGGGUUGGAAUCAAAUUCAGUUGAAUCUGGCUGAUUAUACCCGGAGGGCCUAUGGCACCAACUAUGUUGAGACUUUGCGCGUUCAGGUCCAUGCAAAUUGCCGCCUUCGGAGGAUAUAUUUCUCUGAUCGUUUGUACUCCGAAGAGGAACUCCCACCCGAAUUUAAACUGUACCUUCCAAUGCAGAAAGCGUGAAAAUUUUCAUUGGAGCUCUUUGAAGCCAUAGUUUCCAAAUUUCUAUGCUUUGAGUUUCAAAAUGUUUUACCCUUCUGUAUUAUUCAACCAGUUUAAUCUUGUAUGUAUGGUUGUUAUAAUAGUAAUAGAAUUAGCCAAUUUUAUCGCUAAUGGUGUUGCAAAGCUGAAUUGAACUAGGUUUUCUUUUAAUGAGGAAAAUAUCAGCCUUUGCACUUCAUAGUUGUGGAUAUUUACUUUAAUUUUCCCAACUGAUGGUUGGAAAUCUAUUCUUGAAGUUCCUAAAAGUACUUUGGCAUCUCAAACAUAAUACGAAAUGUUAAUUUGGUUGCAACUCAAAAUGCAGUUUGGAUCCAAAUUAGAACAGAAAAGCACCCUUUUAGGGCUCUUGACUGUAUCUCCAUUGCAGUUGAAUCCAGACUCUUUUUCAAGGCUAACUGCAUCGUGGGUGUAUUUGGAUAAUACUCAAUGAUGCAGCAUAAAAGUGAAAAAUCUUACCAUGAUCAUUUUGUUUAUAUUCAGAUACAUAU